AAUGUGACGUUUUGAAAAACAAGCAUCAACCCUCAACUACAACAUCAAGGCUGGUUGACCGUUUUUGUAAUGGAGCCAAACGUCCGGCGUUGACUGGAUCAACCAGUCAAAUUUACUGCUCAGGUCCACCGAAGCUUCAUCCUGUGAUUGCAGAACCAUCUCAAAUGCAAUUCAAUGAAGAAAUACCUGAAAUUGACUGUGUACUCACAGAUGAGGGUGUGAGAUGUGAGACUGAUCCAAAAUCUAGUCAAGAACUUCCUGUGCAAAAGGAUGAAGAGGAGAUUGUCGAGAUGGAUGCUGCAGCUUGUAUUAGGAUUAAUGUUCUCCCUCAGGAAGUGGCUAAACAAUGCUUUGCUAGUCAGUUGAUGGAAGAUCAAGACAUUGCUGCACCACCAGAGAUAAUGCAUAAGACCUCUUUGUUAUAUACACCUCAAGACACCAUCUCAACAAAAGAACAGCACAUGUGGAGGUUGGAAAAAGCCAAUGGUAACUGUUCAUCAGAGGGAAAUUUGGUUGCAGAACAAACCAAUUGCCAAUCAAAUAUAGCACAUCCACUGAAAGCCAUGACGCAUCUGGUGAGGCUGGUGGGAGAACAACACCAAACUGAAAAAUGUGAGAUUUUGAAGAAUGAGCAUCAGCUUGCAAAUGCAACAUCAAAGAUGGAUGACCGUUUUUGUAAUAAAGCCAAAUGUUCUGUGUUGACAACUGGAUCAACCUGCCAAAUUGAAUAUACCAGUCCACCGAAACUUAAUCCUGUGAUCGCAGAACCAUCUCAAAUGCAAAAUGAAUUUAACAAAGAAAUGCCUGACAUUGACUAUAUGCUCAACGAUGAGAGUAUGAGAUAUGAGACUGAUCCAAAACCUAGUCAAGAACUUGUUUUGAAAACAAAUGAAGUGGAGACUGACAAGAUGGACGCUUUAGACUCUAUUAAGAUCAAUGUUCUCCCUCAUGACAUGGCUGAGCUAUGGUUUGCUGGUGAGAUGGAAGGUAAGGAUUUGCAGAAAGACAUUAAUGUUCAUAUUACCACCGAGGACCAGGUUAAAGUUCAAGUCCUAGAGCUCAUGUCUGAAAAAGAAUUACUCCUAGAAGAUGUGAAGCCAAAAGAGGGUAAAUAUCAAAGUUCUAGUGGUGAAAAGUUGGAGUCUUACUGUUGUCUUGCUAAAUGGUUUAAAACUUUAGAAUAUGGAGAUGGCUCAUUGUGUACAUGCCAGAGAAAAGCAGAGUUCAGAGAAGAGACUAAAACUGAGGUCCACGGCGCAAGUUUAGAGUUGCAGACUGAAAAGGAGGAUCUUAACGAAUUAGUGGAACUGGACAAUUCUGCUGAUGAUUCUGAAACAACAGAUGAUUCUGAAACCACAGAGGACGAAGUUCCCAGUAGGAUCGUUUGGAAAGGGGUUAAGAAAAAAAUUCUGAAGGACAUAUCAAGUUCUGAAGAGGUUUGUAGCAUGGAGACUGAAUUUGCAGAGCAGACAAGAGAUGACUCCCCUUCAAAAUGUGCAACAAAUGUGACCAUGAAAAAUGAGAUUGAGCAAGACACCCCAACUCCUGAUUUGAAAAGGACGACCAAUACUAUUUGUCUUGCACUGUAUGGGUCAUCUUCUGGAAGAAAAGAAGUGAAGCUAACUAAAAGAUCUAAAGGGAAAGAAAGUUGUGAAGAACCCCCAGAAACUCUUCAAAUAACUAUACUCUCUCAUCAGAAGAUUAAGCCAACGAAUUGCAAAGGGGUGGAAGCACAGGAUGAAGAUGUUGUGGAUAAGAGAGCGAGACUACAAAAAGCAUCCUUCAAAGACCUGGCUCUUCAUAGAACCUUGCCCUCACAUCCUAUUUCUGAACUCCGCAAAAAUGCACUUUCAUCUACCUCAAUCAAAAAACUGCUUGGUCCAAGUGCUAAUGCAAAAAGUGGCGUCUGUUUGGGUAAGGGAAACAAGCGAAAGAGACUGCCUAAGUUAUUGACGCAACAAAUGUCUAUGAAUAAAUAUGUCAUCAGAAGGAAGACUGCGCCAUCCAAACUAUUGCAUUCAGCCGAGAACAUAACAAAAAGUAAAUACGAGUUGGGGAACCCUGCUUUGAUGCCAUUGGAGGAGGGUCUUUCAUUGGAAUUCAAAGUAUUGCCAGAGUCUUUUAACUUUGAAGAUGGAGCUGAACUCAAUUGCGCUCAAGCCGACACGGCACAGAGUUCACAAAAUGGGAUGUCAGGCCCAGAAGAUCAAGUUAAGCAGAUGGAAACUAAUUGUUCGCCAACACAAGGUGUUUGGAGUUUCAGCCCCUUGAAGAAAAAGCGCACUCAGCCCAUCCAGGUCACAGACGUCUCCGGCACAUGUAGCCUCUUCCAGGAGUUUAAGAGGAGAUAUCAUAAAAAGAAGGAAAUCGCCCCAAAGUAGAAUUCCAAUGAAAGACCUUGAUUCCUUAUUAAAAUUUAAGCAAAUUGUU